AUGUCCAACUGCCUCUCACAGACUUCCUCUUCUCUUGAGCGCCCUCUUGAACCAGCCACGCAUUCUGCAAACGAGAUGAGUAUCCUCACUAUGCUCACCAGCUAUGCUGGCAGCCAAUUCCUGUUCUUCUACAUAGCCAUAUUUGUCUUCACUUUGCUCCCAUGGGCCAUCCAUUUCUCCAGGCUAGGAUUGCGCGAAGACUCGGCCAUACCACUCGCGAAUCCGCCCAAUUCACUGUUCGGCACCGGGAAAACCAGGAGAAACUUUGUCAAGCUUAGCAGAGAGAUCCUAGCCAAAGCGAGAAGCUUGUUCCCAAACGAGCCUUUCAGACUCAUCACAGACUGGGGCGAGGUUCUCAUCCUCCCUCCGGAGUUUGCAGAUGAGAUUCGAAAUGACCCCAGAUUGAGCUUCUCCAAGGCGGCGAUGCAGGACAAUCAUGCUGGGAUACCUGGAUUCGAGACAGUUGCCCUCGUAGGUCGCGAAGACCAGCUUAUACAGAAGGUGGCCCGAAAGCAGUUGACCAAGCAUCUCUGUGAGUUCUUUCGUCAGCCAGUGAGGACUGCCCACUGA